AUGACGGCAAUCACGAAACGACAUCUCCUACUGUUUGGAGACCAAACAGUAGAGAAGCUCACCUCGAUACGAGCGCUGGUUUGCAAUGCAAAGACUUCUCCUGCGGCCAAAAGAUUUCUCCAGGAGAUCACGGAUGUAAUACAGAUCGAGUUUUCUACCCUAAGCAAGAGCGAGCAUGGCUGGACAGGAACUUUUGACACACUCCUCGGAUUGGCGGAAGAAAAUGACGAACAGAACGGUGCCAAUACCUUGGUGUCAACUGUGCUGAUGUGUAUCGGGAGGCUUGGAGAGCUGGUCGUUCAUGCCGAGAGAAAUUCUACUAUUCUGGGAACACCAGAGCGUCCUGUCGAAAUACUAGGCUUUUGUACUGGCCUUUUACCUGCUGCAGUAGUAGUAGCUGCCAAGGACACAUCAGAACUACACACUCUGGCUCGCGAGAUUGUCCAAGUCACAUUUCGCAUGACACGGGAAAUAGUUCGCCAGACGAAAUUAGUCGAGGACAGUUCAGGGGACUGGGCGAGAACCUAUAUUGGGAUAACCCGGGAGAAAAUGGAGUCUAUUCUUGACGAUUUCCACACAAGCAAUAGCAUUCCCCCUACCAGACAGAUAUCUGUUGGCGUUGUAUCAGAGAAAUGGACAACAAUUAUCGGUGCACCAUCAUCACUAACCCGAUUAUCGAGCUGGUCUUCUGAGAUUCAGUCGGCAUCACAUGCAAAAACAGACAUAGGCGCUCUUAUUCACUCCAAGGUCCUGCCCCCGAUUGACCUUGAAAAGCUACUAGCUCCUUUCUCUUGGAGGGACAGGGUGCUUGACUGGACAAAGGCGAGGAUGCUAUCUCCUGCGUCUGGUAUUGAUUAUACAAACAGCUCCCUCGGCUCACUUGUUGGUCAAAUAAUUAACGAUAUAGCAAGCAAUGCGCUUCUUAUCGAUGAAACCAUUCAGGCUUGCAUUUCUCGAUUAGAUAAGACGACCACAUUCAGUGUUACUGUACCUGGCCCGACGGGUUAUCUGCCGGCAGUUGAACAGGCUUUCAGAUCAUCCAAAGUCCAGUACGAGCUGAAUAAACAGGCGACGGAUGCCACAGGUUCUGGCCGAGGUGGAUCUGAUAUGAUUGCAAUCAUCGGCAUGAGUGGAAGAUUCCCAGGUACCAACAGCCCCGAAGAAUUCUGGGACGAUGUGCUGGCUGCAAACUGUCACAUUGAGAGUGUUCCGAAAAGUCGCUGGGAUCUUGAUGUCUUCUUUGACCCAGAUGACAAGUCAACGAGGAAGAAUGCAACCACCGCAAUGCAUGGGGCUUGGCUUGAGAGCCCUGGACUCUUUGACAAUCGGUUGUUUAAUAUGUCACCGCGCGAGGCCUCGCAAGCUGAUCCGAUCCAUCGAUUACUACUGACGACGAGCUAUGAAGCCCUUGAAUCAGCAGGCUAUUCGCCUGAUGGCACUAUAUCAACUGAGAGCAAUCGAAUUGCCAGCUUUUUUGGACAAACAUCGGCCGACUGGCAAGAUGUAUUAAACCAAGAGGGCAUUGAUAUUUACUAUAUUCCAGGCGUAGGAAGAGCGUUCGCUUCUGGGAGAGUGAAUCAUCACUUCAAAUGGGGCGGCACUUCUCUUUCGGUCGAUGCCGCCUGUGCUACCGGUAUUGCCACAGUCAGUCUCGCCGUCUCCGCCCUGCUUGCGCGUGAGUGUGACAUGGCUUUGGCUGGUGGAGGCGCGGUCCAUGUUUCUCCAAACACAUAUUCUGGGCUUAGCAAAGCUGGCAUGGUAUCAACCACUGGAGGCUGCCGAACCUACCAUGAUGAUGCCGACGGCUAUGUGCGGGGCGAAGGAGUCGGUGUUGUUGUGCUAAAGAGGCUGGAAGAUGCAGUGGCAGAAAAUGAUAACAUCUUGGGAGUUGUCAGGGCCGCGGCACAGACAUACACAUCAACCUCGUCAUCCAUCUUGCAUCCUAGCCACGUUUCUCAAGAGCGCAUCUAUAGAGAGGUAUUGCAUCAGUCAGGCCUCCAGCCUCAAGAUAUUGACUACGUUGAGAUGCACGGCACGGGAACUCAAGCUGGCGACGUGGAAGAAAUGACAUCUGUCAUUAAUGUGCUUGCCAAGGGCCAUACCAAGAAUGAGCCUUUGACAGUUGGUGCAGUGAAAGCCGUGGUCGGCCACGGUGAAGCAGCUGCAGGUGUUACUUCACUCAUCAAAGCGCUUAUGAUGCUCCGUGACGGCCUCAUUCCCGCUCAACCAGGAUGGCCAUUCAAAGUCAAUCGCAACUUCCCCUCCUUGGCCAAGGCCAACGUCCGGAUUGCAACAAAGACGUUGGAUCUCAAGCCCAGCUCCAAACCUGACAAAAAGGCCAAGAUUCUGAUCAACAGCUUUGGCGCAUCGGGCAGCAACAGCUGUGUGAUUGUAGAGGAGCCACCUGAAAUCUCAGAAAAACAAGAAGAUCCUCGAGGCUUCCAUGUUGUUACUUUAUCCGCAAGGAGUGCCUUUUCUCUGAAGAAGAACCGAGAAAAUCUGAUCGACUACCUGGAGCGAAAACCCGAGACAAGACUUGUGGACUUGGCUUACUCAACAACAGCACGACGCAUGCAUGAAACGCUCCGCAUAGCCUACGUCGGCACCAGUGUCCGAGACGUUGUUCGUCAGCUACGACAUGAUGCCACUAACGGAGGUCCAAACGAUCCCAAGUCGAAGAUAAAGAAGUCUCCGCGUCUCUUCUUGUUUACAGGACAGGGAUCGCAGUAUGCAGGCAUGGGCGCCGAAUUAUUUGCCGCCGAUAAAGGCUUUGCAGAGUUGCUAGGAACCUACCAAGAUAUGGCUACAAAUCUCGGGCUUCCCGAAUUUGUAGACUUAAUCCGCAACAAAGAGAUUGACUUGACAACAAAGUCGCCUGCCCAAGUACAACUGGCAGUAGUAGCGUUGGAGAUUGCGAUUGCCCACACGCUGAAGAAAUGGGGUGUAUUCCCUGAUGCUGUCCUUGGUCACAGCCUCGGAGAGUAUGCAGCGCUCGCCGUGUCCGGUGCUCUGUCAGUCGCAGAUGCACUUUACCUCGUUGGAAAGCGUGCUUUGCUUAUGGAAAAGCAUCUCGAACCUCAUACAUAUGCCAUGCUUGUCACCAGCUUGAGCGCCGAAGAUCUCCAACAAAGGAUUGUGGAACUGAAGCUUGAAUCAUGUGGCAUCGCGUGUGUUAAUGGACCUUCUGUGGCAGUGGGUAGCGGUCCGGUCAAUGAUCUGAAGAAACUGGAACAGCAUCUUUUGGACGCAAACGACACCAAAUCAACGUUCCUUAAGGUCCCCUUUGGCUUCCACUCGGCUCAAGUCGAGCCGAUUCUCGAGGAGUUUGAGAAGAUCGCUAACGGUGUUACAUUCUCCAAUACUCAUACUACUUUUGUGUCUAGUCUUACGGGAACGACUGAGUCAUCUGUUUCACCUGCAUAUUUGUCUAGGCAGACGAGGGAAUCUGUUCAAUUUACCAAGGCUCUUGAAGCUUGUGAGGCAGCAGGCUUGAUAGGAGGAAAUAGCCUUACCAUGGAGAUUGGGCCGGAUCCAGUCUGCCUUAGCCUGGUUCGCAGAACUCUCAAUAUUCCUGCGUCGGCAAGGCUUAUCCCGUCCUUGAAGUCGGGACAAGACAACUGGAGCACCAUCUCGACCGCACUGAAAGCUGCGUACGAAACUGGCGUUAACGUCAAUUGGCCGGAAUUCCAUAAGGGCUUCAAAAACUCUGUUCGCCUACUUGAUCUUCCCACAUACGCAUUCGAGUACAAAGACUUUUGGACGCCAUACCAAGAGCUUGAACCAGUGCAAACAACAGCUCCUUCUCCAGUUGUCGAAAAAGUUCAACCUCCGAAAUAUCCUGGCUUUACAUCUACUUCCUCGGUGCAACGGAUCGAGUCAGAAAGUAUUCAAGGCAGCAAGAUUACGGUUGUAUAUUCUUCCGAAACGUCAGAACCUGCCCUCCUUCAGGCUAUUCAAGGUCACUCCGUAGUUGGCCGAACAAUAUGCCCAAUGGUCGUAUACUGCGAUAUGGCCAUAGCAGCAACAAAAUAUGCGUAUUGGAGAUUACACGACACAAAGCAGACGCCCGAUCUGUCAAUAUACGAUAUGGAGAUGGCCAGGGCGUUGGUGAUUGAAGAAAGAGGCUCGAGACCCGUCAUCAACAUAAGAAACAUCUACAAUCAAGAUCAAGGUUUCGCCCGUGUAACGUUUUAUUCAAUCACGCCCGAGGGCAAAGAGAUUGCUUAUGGAGCCUGCAAGGUCAAGGUAGCCAAGGGUGUUGCCCAGAAGAACUCCCCCCAGCAACUAGAUUUCCUCCUUCGGUCGCGAAUGGUGACUUUACAGGAAUAUUCCAAGAACCGCAGAGCUCAUGCGUUCUUGAAGCCCGUCGUUUACAGGCUAUUUGCUAAUGUGGUUGGCUAUGGUGAGGCCUAUCAGGGACUCGAAGAGGUCGUGGUCGAUACUAGGGGCAGUGAUGGAAUGGGCACUGUCAGACUACCGCAGAGUGACAGCACCGGCUAUUUCACUCUCGAUCCAUACUUGAACGACGCAGCCAUACACUUGUGUGGAUUUUUAGUUAAUAGCGGACUGAAUUAUCCGGAAGACGAUGUUUUCAUUUGUCCCGGAUUCCAGUCGUGGCGCUUUUUCGAAACUCUCCACCCCGGGAAGGCGUACUCUACUUAUGUUUACAUGCAAGAAUCAGCCUCCAACGAUGGCUCCAUGUUGGGCAAUUGCUAUGUCCUUGAUGGAGAUCGGAUUGUCCAGGAACUAGUGGGCAUAAAGUUUCAGAAGAUGAAGCGAGCCGUGCUGCAGUUGUCUCUUACGAAGACUACUACGAUCUCAACCACGGAAGUCCAAGCCUCCGACGACUCUGCUUCAGCCGGUACCAACACCCCUGAAGCCUCAGAUUCGGAGAUCAUUGACACUCUACUCUCCAUCGUAGCUCGCGAGAUUGGAGUAAACGUAGACGAGAUGUUGGAUGAAACAGCUUUUAUAGACCUUGGGGUUGAUUCAUUAGUUGCUGUUACUAUUUUCACCACAUUGGAACGAGAGGUGGGAUUGAAGCUCCAGGCAUCCUUUUUUGUUGAGCAUACAACAGUUGGAGAUGUGAAACGUGCAUUGCACGAGAGGCUCUGA